AUGAAUGAUCAGGGGUCUCUAUUCACUGGUCGAAAGAUGCAGGAAUUCAUAUCUGAAAUGGGGAUUAAGCUACUAACUUCAAUGCCUUAUUAUGCCCAACCUAAUGGCCAAGUCGAAACAACCAAUAAGAUUGUCAUUGGUUUGAUCAAGAAAAAUAUUGGGAAGAAACCAAAGAAUUGGCACAAGACUUUAGACCAAGUAUUAUGGGUGUAUCGGACAUAUCCUAAAGAAAAAUAUGAGGAAAGGCUAGCAAUGCUAGAUGUCUUAAUAAUACAAAAAGAGCAAAUUUCUAAAGCCUAUAAUAAAAAGGUUAAAGUAAAAGCAUUCUCGAUUGGAGAACUCGUUUGGAAGGUCAUAUUACUUAUGGAUCGAAGAGAUAAAACUCUAGGUAAACGAUCUCCUAAUUGGGAAGACCCAUUUCAGAUUAUUCAGGCAUUUUCGAAUAAUGCUUAUGAAAUUGAAGACUUAACAGCUGUCAAACAAAUUCUAAAAGUAAACAUAAAUACCUGA